AAAAAAAUGAAAGAUAUAAUGAAGGAAGUGGAAGGGAAAGUGAAAUUUUCAAUGGCUGAUUCGACGAUGAUGUUACUUGUACAACAAGCAAUGGACAAAGCACACGAAAAGAUCAAAACAAAACACGGUCUCCUCCUCCGUCUCAACGCUAUAUCCCUCUUCUACGAGCUCGCGGUCUUACAGCUCCAGAGCUGUCUCAAUUUCGUGCAACAAGAGACCGAUAACCUCGAGAGCAACCACGAGGAAGUGGUUCGCGAUCUGAGGAAAAUCAAAGACAGGCUUCACCACCGUCUCCUCGAGACCGAGCUAGCUAUUCUAGAGAAAGACAGAGAGCUUUUGGAGAGGUCAGAGAACGAAGCGAGCUUGAGAAACGUUUUGGAGAGUAAAGAGACAGAGCUUGUUCACUUGCAAGAUCUCGAGAGGAAGAGAAGUAGUUGUAAUGAGAUAAUAGGUGAGGAGUUUUCUGAGCUGAAGAGCUCUGUUGAUCAUCAGGUGAUGAAUCUUAGACAAAAGAUUGAGACGGAGUACGAUGGUUUGGGGAAAGAGGCUGAUGAUCCUUCAGGUGUUGAUAUAGAUGUUUUGAAAGGGACAAUGGAUCUUGCUUUUAACAAGAUGCAUCACGCGAUAUUCUUGUCUGAACUGGGACCCAUUGAACAGAGUUGGAGAUGGUCUGUAGAGAGGGAGACAAUGGGGUUACUGAUAAAAGGUUUCAUGAAUGGUUUAGAGGAGGAGAAGAAGAGGGUUAUGAUGGUUGUUAAAGAUUAUGAAUUAGGUUUUAAAGAUAAGGUUUGUUUGAUUCGUAGAGAGGUGGAAUGUUUAGAGUCUCAGAUUAUUAUUCAUAGAUCAUCAUCAGCAUCUCCUAGAGCAAUAACAACAACAUCAUCUUCAGUAGAUUGUGAAGUUGUUAAUGACGAUAAAGAAGAAGAAGAGGGAGAGGGAGAAGAAGAUUCAAGUAACUAUCCUGUUUCUAAGUUGAUAAAGAGUCAUGAAUCAAUCAUUAGGAGGAAGAGCGAAGAGCUUGUUUCUCCUAAGAUUGAGUCUAUUAAACGCCAGAGGAGUUGCAACAGCUCUAGUUUGAAGAGAACUGUUGAUGAUAUUGUUGCUGGUCUUGAUAGCUUGGUGUGUCUCAACACUAAGAUGUUUGAAUAUUUUUGUUAUGAUGAGGAUGAUGAUAGAUGUGAUGAAAAAGAAGUUGUAAUGGAUGAUGGUUUGGAUGAUGUUUGGAAGAAGGUGCAGAAACAUAGAUCGGUGGCUUGUGAAAAUGAGGUAGAGGAGAAAGAAGAUGUAGAGAUGAAGUUAAUGAUCUUGGAAGAUACUUACUUGACUCUACUCAGAGGUUUGUUAACAGAUAAUAAAAAGUUGCUUGUGGAACAAGGAAAGAGGGCAUGCUUGGAUACAUCUCUAGUCUUUGAUGAUUUUGAGAUUCUUCGCGAAGAUGAGGAGUUCAGACAAGAAGUGGAUUGGAUUAUUGUAAGAGAGUUGCUAAGAGAAGUGUCAGAGACUGUAGAGAAUCAAGAAAGGAUACAAGCAAACAAUAAAAGGUUGCUUGAGGAACAAGGAAAGAGAGCAUGCAUGGAUAUAUCUUUAGUCUUUGAUGAUUUUGAUUUCAAGAUUCAAGAAAGGUUGAAGAUGGCAACUUUAGGGUUACAAAACUUGGAGAAAAAUAUUGAUUCAACGAUGGAUUAUAUGGCAGAGUUAAGACGAAAAGAAUCUGUUUAUAAAACAGCUUUUGUUCUUAGAUGUGAGAAUCUCAUAAAGGCAGAAACUGAGGUUGAUCUUCUGGGAGAUCAAGUAGAUUCUCUUGUGAAGCUUCUGCAGAAAACACUUUGGACAUUUCAUCAACAUCCAUUGCUUCUCUGCAAUCACUCAGAUAUAUCAGAAAUCUGUAAGAUGAUCAAGGAAGUAUUAUACGAGGAUUACAAAGCAAACUAACUUGUAGAAUCAGUUUCUUGCGUUACAUUCUUAUUACUAAAUGUCUGCAUGGGGACAUCCGUACGAGCUAUUCGUCCCCAUGUCAUUCGUCCACAAGACAUCCGUUGACAAAACACCCAUGACCCGUCUACAAAACAUUCGUU